CUCACGGCGGUAGAGAAGACUCUAAGGACAGACAACUGCAUCCAACGCUCCUGAAGAAAAUGACUCUAUCCUUAAAGUGUGUUUUAUAUGCUUUUAUGCUGGGCCUAGGUAAGUACACAGAGAUACUUUGUAGAAUCUAGAAAAUUAAUUUAACUUCCAGUGGAUAUACUCAAAUUGCACUUGUCUUGCUGGCAGUUAAAUGGAAGUCUGACUAUAUCUGGCUUUUGAAGGACAAUGUAGGGAUGAGAGAGCCCACUGUAUGGCCCUGAUGCCACUGGCAGAUGUAAUGGGUGCUACAUCAGGUGCAUUUAUGUCUGGCUAGCAAGAGGGGCUGAAUGAAUGACCACCCCAUCAAAUGCUUGUAGCCAUGUUGUUUAUGAAUCUGUGUAUCACUGUGUGGUUAUUUAUCUGUGUGGUUGUCUGUAUCUCGGUGUAGAUAUUUGUUUUUGGUCAUAUAUAUAAAUCUGUGUCUGUGGGAGUAGAUGCAGGUAUUUAGAAAGAAAAAAGAGCCAGAGUGGAGCAAUAUGUCACCAGAUAACUGUUUAGGUGAUAUCCCUUACAAUUAUGUGCAAAAGUGAGGAGAUUAAAUUAAGUAAAAACAAUACUUAAAAAUCCAGAAGGUUCUUUCCAUACGUGGAUCUCUCAAGACGUGAAAGAAAAAUACAUAAAACAGAUAAUAGUGCAGAUUGUACUGACUUUGUUAUGAUAUAUGUAUUCCCAACAGGUAUACCCAAAAUAUAGGGUUAAGGAAAUACACUUGAAUAGUAAAUUGGCUCUGAUCAGUUAAAAAACAUUAAAAAAAUACAAAACAUUGUAAGAAAUGUAGGUAUUUGUCAUUGUAUCUAUUUUUGUAAGUUUGUAUAUCUGUGUUUGUCACAAUGUAUGUGACAAUUUGCUAAAGAUAAGUCUGAGAUCUGACACAAAUUUCAGCCCUGAAUUUGGGCUCUGAUACCCCCUGCUUGGUUCUAAUAAUGUCUUUAUGUUGCCGCGGGGCGGGUGUAAGUACAAUGGGUGCCAGUUCAUAAACUUAUUAAGAAGUGAGUCUCUUUCUGUACUGAGAACAGAAUGGUAGGUGACAGGACAUAGCCGAGUUCAUGGAGUGAUAAUCAGGUCCAGUAACAAACUCUGAGGGGCUCAGGUUAAGUUUAAGAAAUUGAACCUGUGUUCUUAUCCAAAUAUUUAUUUUAAUGGACUUCUCAUGGUCUAUCUGGAUCCUCCAAAACUUUACCUGAUUUGUUCAUUACUCUUAUCUUUCUUUUGUUCGCCUUUUCCAUAUUUUUUUCCUGUGCUUUGUUCCACUUCAUACUAUUUGGAGCCAUUUAUCUAUUUUUCUUGUUUUUGCUCGCAUUUGUUCUUUCUGCAUGCCUUUCUAACCAUUGUGUGUUUCUUACUUGUUCCCUGGCAGUGUCCCAAUGUAUUUUUCUUUAUAUUAUUAUGUUACUAAAAUUCAGCAGCAGGAAAUGCAUUGCAGAACAUCAAACCUGCUAAUACCAGAUGCUUUUUUUAGUCAUUUUUUUUUUUUGCUGUCAUUGUAUCUGUUCUGGGCUUUACUCUACAUUGGCCAUAUUGCAAUUCUUGACUUUAACAAUGGACUUCAGUGAAUGUAUGUUUAAAGGGACACUCCAGGCACCCAGACCACUUCUGCCCAUUGGAGUGCUCUGGGUGCCAACUCUCAUCCCAUCAGUUUUUAUAAACUGCAAUAAUUACCUAGCAGGGUUAAGUCUUUCUCUAGUGGCUGUCUAUCAGACAGCCACUAGAGAGACUUACGGGUUCUUAAAUGACUUUUUGCUUGCUGAAAUGACGCUGGACGUCCUCAUGCUAUGUAUGAAGACCUCCAGCAUCACCGGAAUCCCGAUAGGAAAGCAUCAAAUACUGCUUUCCAAUGGAGAGGUCUAAUGCGCGUGUGCAGCCAUUGUCGCACAUGCGCAUUUGGUCUCCCUCGCUGGCAAACGUCAGCGAGGAGGAGCAUGGGCAGAGCCUGACCCAGCUCCGAGGGACAUGUUCAGCAACAUGGGAUGGAGGGGCAGGAGGGAGGUGAGCACUGCAAGAUUCUCUAGUGCCAGAAAAACUGGAGAGUCCCUUUAAGCUGAGGGUGGUCAAUUGAGAAGUUGACAAAUACCUUUGUUUAGGUCGAAUCCAUGUCUUAUUUAUGUCACAUUGAGAUAUAUAUAUAUAGUUUCAAAAUAACUAAAAAUAACCGAAUGAGACCCGAAUGUCUAUUCUUGUCUGUAUAGCUGUUCUUGAACUAUAUUUCCCAUAAUUUCAUCAGCUGAAGGAUCAGUCCUGAUCAUCUCUAAUCUAGAGGUCAGGGAGAUGGGUAAAUAUAAGUUAUCAUUUACUAUAAUAUUGAUAGAGUUCAGAGCUGAUAAAUACAGCUGAUGUAGAAGAGGAUCUGUAUAGGCAUAUUGGGGAGCAGUUGAAAGAGGAAUGAGAUGACAGUUGUGUGGUUUAGAGUAAGGCUUCCACAAUCUCAAAUAUCAAGUAGUCAAAUAUCAAGUAGUCAACAGAUAGGAGAGGCAGAGGGAGCCCGGUAAUUAAUGUAGAUAUAAUCUAUACCUGCCGGAAGAGCUCAGUAUUGAAGGUAUAGUUUGCAUACCUGGGAGCAGUUCCUUCUAUUCCUCUUAAUUAUGUGCUUUCACGCCUCGAGUGUGCCUUGUGUACAUUCAACAUAGACUUCAUGUUGGCCUCCUAGAUAAUCUACAAAGACCAUACAAUUACUUUCAUGAUUGUGAUUCAGUUACAGCCUGGAAUUUCCACAUAAAACCUACAUCUGAAUUUCGGCACCACGUCAUGUCGCCAUCUUUGAAUUGCUAAUAGUUUCCUGGUGAUAUAUCUUGGUGGGUGUUCAGCCACCUGAAGUUAAUGUUUAAAAAGUUUAGAUCAAAUCUUUAAUCCUUCCGAGGUUUAUACAAUAAAUGCCAUGAUUACUUACCAUGUGUGAAGCUGACAGACGAUUGCUCCUCACUCCAUGCGUUCUGAUGCUUUGAUUCCACCUUAUGACACAGCACAUGCGCGUCAAUUGCGUACUUUCAUACGAAUUUACGUCAUUUCCAUUACCCUCUUAUGUUUUAGGUGUGUAGUUUUAAAGCAAAAGCGCUCCCAAAAUAAAUAGAGUAUUUUGUGCUUUAGUCAGUGCCCCGUUGUGGUUACUUUAUUGGUCCUUAUAGUGCGUUGUGAAUUAUAGUGUUAUGCUCGGUUAUUGACUCGGCUUGUAUUCUGAUUAUUCUGACCUCUGCAAUCCUCGUCUCUUAUCCUCCUGUCUUCUGGUUUCCUUGAUAUUUGUCUUUUCCCUGACCGUUCUAUCUCUGCCAACGUUAAGCCUAUCCAUUCUAAGGUCCGGUAAUAUGUCCUCUUUUAGUCAGAUAGGGAUACAGUCUGCAAGUUGGAGUUUGUAUUGUGACAAUCAGUUUCAUUAAGUAGGGUAACAAUGACAUCUAGACCUCAGGAUGUAGUGAAAAUUUGUCGGCAUCUGUCCUGAAGCUGAUGUUGCUCGGUUUUUAUCUAUGUCAGUAUGUAUAUUUUUUGACAUUGCUUCUUUUUUUAAUGGGCAAUUUAAGCACAAAUCAUUAGGCAUAAAUAUAUAUAGACCUAUAUGACGCAUACAUGUUUCUCUUUGUUUUUUUUCUUAUUCCAGUACAUUUUAGUCUUAUACAUUUGGCCAACCCUGCCAGUAAAGUUGCAGUGCUAGAGGGCAGACAACUCACUUGGUGUACUAUUAGCACUUAAUUGUUUUAAAUGGAAAAUAUGCACACCCUAAUCUAAUAAUUGAUACAUGUGAUAGUGGAUUUGCUUGUUUACCAAUAAGGAUGCUGGUGGAUUGUCACAGGAACAAUGGUUCACAUAGAUCUGUACUGCCAAGGUGCCAUGGUUGACCUCAUUUUUAUUCUGUUCAUUUGCAGCCAGCAGCCUGGAGUGUUACCACUUUAAGGGGCCAGUGGACCAGGCUCUAGAAAAACAGGAGGCCAAAGAGUGUGAAAUCAACCAUCACCACUGCAAGUCUUCACUUCUCACAAUCACUGGUAAGCACACUGACCUUCACUCAAACAUCUACCUAUCGAGCCUAUCGACCAGCAGCAACCAAACCCCUACAAAAACAAACAUGAACUAGUGUGUAAUGGGGUAGUUUAGUAUAGUUUUUAUAUAAAACGGGAUUAUUAUUUUUUAAAUACUUCAUUAGAAUUUUUGUACAAACAAGUACAAUUAAAAGAGCACAAGUGGAUAUUUUUACAUAUAGAAACAACUUAUAACUACACUGUCGGUAAAGUUUAGGUUUACACCAUAGAAUAGAAGCUAACAAUGGAUUUUAACUCUUGCUUUAUUAUCUUCUUCCCGAGAAUGCCCCAUUGUGCCCAGUCAUGGGACAAGUUAGUGUCUCGUCAUGGGGCAACUUAAUGUUCCAUGACCGGGUACUCAUGUAGUCCUCCUCAUGAGCCUUGGUUAGACACCUCGUCCUAGUAUUCACAAUACAGUGAAGGAUAUUCUUGUUAGUUGUAUCCAGAAAAUGUGCUGAAGAUACUAAGCUUAUGUGAAAAUAUUGCAAUUGUACAAGAAUUUACUUUCUCUCCACCUUCUGGGACUGGGGUAUUCUGGAGAUACCAAUUCGGCACCACGGUUUCUGCUUGGAGCAACAGACAGAAUGACAUGUGGUGAGGAGCAGUAGCAACAUAUAACUCAAUCACAUGAAUUAAAUAUAUAAUUAGAGUUAAUGAUAAAGGGUAAACCUUUGGAUUGUGGUUACAGGCUAUUGAUUCGAGUUAAGGGUAGGUUUUUGAAUUAAGGAUUAGCGUUUAUAGAUAGAGAUUAGUGCUAGGGUUGAGUUUUAACUUAAAUUAAGCAAAGCACAUUUGUUCUUCUUUGCAAAUUAAAAAAGUUACAUUUUCUAUUAACGAAACUUCUCUGCACUAUCAUGAGUCAAUGCUGCUCCACGCCCACAUGGUAAAGUCAAUUUGUCCAAGGUCUCUCAUUUUUCCGAAGAAGCAAUAAUGUCACCUUAAACUGGAAAAAAAAACAGCUCAUAGUGUGUGGGCCACUUUAUUUACUAUUUAGAAGGUUUAACUCAGAUAUUUUCUGGCUUUUAGGUAUGCUGAAGGGGAAGGUUCUGGUGAAGGGAUGCGCCAAAAAAUCGGAUGAAUAUUGCAACAAGACCCAUACAUUAUCCGAGAAAGAUAUUCAGACCAUAGAGACUAUUAUGUGCUGUGAAGGUGAUCUGUGCAACAAGGACCUAGUACCAGGUAUGCCAUGCAGUCCUGAUUUUAAUGCCAGCAUAAGGAAGGGGCAGAUGGCCCCAUGUAUGAAUCUAUCGAAGGUCCCUUGACAUUCCUCGUAAUCACAACAAUCCAUUACAUUCCUUUUGGAGAAGAAGUGUCCACAAGUUUGCUGCUGAGAUAUCUCAGUAGAACUACAACGCCCAUGCAUGCAUUUAGACUGCCUUUAGAAUGACAAAGCAUUAUGGAAGCUGUAGUUUAAAAACAUCUGGAGAUCUACCUAGUAUUUAGAAAAUUGGGCAGACUAGAUGGGCCGACUGGUUCUUAUCUGCCGUCACAUUCUAUGUUUCUAUGUUUAAUUAAAAAAACAAAAAAAGCCCAAUCUCUUUGAGAAGCUUUUGAUUGGUCCUUGUGACGACUGCCGUGACAUCAGAUUGUGAGUGGAGGGCAGUGCCGCUUCAUUUUAGUUUUUAACUUUAUUUAAAGUUUAGGGGGCGUAGCCUCCUGAAGAAAAAGGCCCAAUAGGGCUUCAUGACAUAAUAAAAGUCAAAAAAGGGUUGGAGUUACCCUUUAAAUGUGAACCUCUAUGUUUUAUUUAUCUGCGUUACUGCUAAUAAGCCAUCUUCGAAGCUGGUUCAGAUAUAUAAGUAUUACAGUUUGCUAUUUUGUUUUAUUUGUUAUUUUUUUUCUUUCCAAUUUCUACACAAGACAGGCGUUUUAAGUUACUUUAGCUAGAUUCUCCUGGGAAAGUAUCAAUUAUUUCUUAUCACAGAUCAUUAUACACUAAUUUACGGUAUGAGAAAGACUCCAGAUGGUGGCCACAUCAGUCAAAUCUCGUUUUUAAUAGGCUGUUUCACCAGGAAUGAGAAGAUGCCCAAAUAGUGUUUGUUUUUAUAACCAUGAGACAUGUAACAACAAAAGUGAAGGUCAAUUGAUCAAGAUGUGGGUGAGGGAUUGUAUAAAGAUGUCUUGUAGAAGAUAUCUGAUUUUAGAUGUUUAUUUCAUCUUCUGAACAGGUUUCAAUAAGGCACCUGACUCAAGAACCUGCUCACACAUGAGUUCACAGAACCCAAAAUUGUGUAUUGCUUGUCAAUCAACAAACAAACAUUCUUUAUAAAUUUAAAGUGAAAUUAUGUUAUAGCUGAAUUGGUAUUGUUCCGUCACUUAGAAGUAAAUUCUAAAUACAUUUUGAAUUUUAAACCAAAAUAGUCAAACUGAGAAUGUAUCUGACUGUAUUUGACUAAUUAUUCUAUUUUUGGCCCGAAAUGUAAAAAUCAAGACAGUAUCUUGCUUCAUUGAUUAAGGCUUUAGGUCAGGCUGUUUGGAAAGGAAUAGAGGAGAUGUAUUAGCGGUCCUUCAAGAUGCUUAGUUUCAACUGAAAAGCAAAUGUUUCUCAAAUGGUAGUAACAGAAUGCAAGCAACAGGAUGUAUAUAAAAUAAACACAGACAAGCCAUUGUCAGGGAAACACAAAUUAGAAUAAGGGUUUAGACUAACCAAAUAGUUGGUGCAGGUUGCAGACAGGAUAAUCAGAGAACGCCAGGAUCAGAAGCACUGACAACAGAAUAAUUGAUAAAGGACGUUGAAUCAAUAGUUGUGUACAAACAAUAGUAACCCGUUUUUAACGGUAUAAAAAAAGAAAGGGUGCUAGAUUUGUUGAGCAUCUAAAGACCUCUCCCAUGUUAUCCAAUGAUUAGUUGAACAAGAUGCUAAAAAUUUCUCACAAGCACUUGGAAGGCUGUGUGAGACAUGGUUAUGUCUAGAAAAGGGUCCAUAUUGAGCACCUCGCGCAGUACUGGUAGACCACCAUCAGAUACACAAACAAUGUGGAUAGAUAACUUAGUAACACGGGCUUAAGUAACAAAGUCCACCAGAUUCAGAUUUUCUCGCAUUCAUGUUGAUGUUGUUGAUCCAAAGGAAGACAGACAAUUUUUUCCACAUUCAAACUAAUUAUUGGUCCCUCGUUUUCGAUGCUUGGAUGAGAUCCAGUAGUGGCCCCUUUGCCCUCUUCUUUUUUUAUCUAGCCCUCAAACAUAUUCUCUUUCUUGUGUCCAUUUAAUACUGGUAUAAUCAUGGAGGCAGUUAAUUUAUCAUUUAAUUUUAAAAGGAGAUGUGUACAUUUUUAUAUAAGAUAGCUUUCUGUGAAUUAAUAACAUUAUAUAAACAUUUUAUAUUAUCACGUAACAAUAUCCCAAAUGGAUGCUUAUAUCAUCUUGCGUUUUCCUGUUGCAGUUUCAGAUGCGGAAUCUCAGAAAUGGGGGGUAGAGUGCCUGGCGUGUAAUGGACCCCCUCCGGCUUGUGGUGGUGACGAUUUGCCAUCUAUGCAAUGUGACUCUGCUGAGAAUCAAUGUAUCCAAGUCUCCAUCACAACAGCCCUCAACCAAGGUUGGUACGCAUGGAAAUCGUGUGGGUGUUCAAUUAAAAAAGACAGGAUGUCUCUUUAAAUUCACAAAACAUUCUGUUUUCUUCAAUUCUAGAAAAGAGUAACAUGAAGUAACCAUAUUACGUGCAAUCAAAGUAAAAUUCUAAUUUCUAAGAUUUCUUUAUGAAUAAAAUAUUGUUUUUAUAUUAGUAAGGGCAGUUAAGUUGGGUGAUUCACUGCCUUAUAAGGCUAUCUAAUUUUAUAUAUAUAUAUCUUUUUAAUAUGACCAACAGAAUUUCAUAAUGACAGGUUUUUGUCCCUAUAUCCAGUAAACAUACAGUGUGUAUAAAAUGCAUGAAGGGAUUGUUUGUAAUGUGUAUCUGUGACUAUAUGUAAGAUCUGGCUAAUUAGUAUACACUGGGUAUUUGUGGGAGCUGAGACCCUGGUAUCAGUCUUUUAUUCCAUUAUUUGCAGAGAGUCAGACCCUGAUAAAAGGUUGCACUAACAACUCUGUCUGCCCCAAACUCUGCGCAUUCAGCAAUGGCCAAAAACCUGUGUCCUACUCGUCCUUCCCGCAGUGCUGCCAGGGCACCCAAUGUAACUCCGGAUACUUCACAGGUAAAAAACACUGUAUAAUUCUAAGCACUUCACAGGAAACUUGUCAAAGUAUAAUUUUGAGUGUUCACAGGAAACAGGACAAGGUGUAACUUGCUGUAUUCACAGGUAACAGGACACAGUGUACUUCUGGGUAUUCACAUGUAACAGUACACAGUGAAACUCUGCAUAUUUAUAGGUAAUGGUACACCGUGUAACUCUGUAUAUUUAUAGGUAAUGGUACAAAGUGUAACUCUGGAUAUUUAUAGGUAAUGGUACACAGUGUAACUCUGGAUAUUUAUAGGUAACGGUACACAGUGUAACUCUGGAUAUUUAUAGGUAAUGGUACACCGUGUAACUCUGUAUAUUUAUAGGUAAUGGUACAAAGUGUAACUCUGGAUAUUUAUAGGUAAUGGUACACCGUGUAACUCUGUAUAUUUAUAGGUAACGGUACACAGUGUAACUCUGGAUAUUUAUAGGUAAUGGUACACAGUGUAACUCUGGAUAUUUAUAGGUAAUGGUACACAGUGUAACUCUGGAUAUUUAUAGGUAACGGUACUCAGUGUAACUCUGGAUAUUUAUAGGUAAUGGUACACAGUGUAACUCUGGAUAUUUAUAGGUAACGGUACACAGUGUAACUCUGGAUAUUUAUAGGUAACGGUACUCAGUGUAACUCUGGAUAUUUAUAGGUAACGGUACACAGUGUAACUCUGGAUAUUUAUAGGUAACGGUACACAGUGUAACUCUGGAUAUUUAUAGGUAACGGUACACAGUGUAACUCUGGAUAUUUAUAGGUAACGGUACACAGUGUAACUCUGGAUAUUUAUAGGUAAUGGUACACAGUGUAACUCUGGAUAUUUAUAGGUAAUGGUACACAGUGUAACUCUGGAUAUUUAUAGGUAACGGUACACAGUGUAACUCUGGAUAUUUAUAGGUAACGGUACACAGUGUAACUCUGGAUAUUUAUAGGUAACGGUACACAGUGUAACUCUGGAUAUUUAUAGGUAACGGUACACAGUGUAACUCUGGAUAUUUAUAGGUAACGGUACACAGUGUAACUCUGGAUAUUUAUAGGUAAUUUUUGGUGUAACUCUGGAUAUUUAUAGGUAGCACAGUGUAACUCUGGAUAUUUAUAGGUAACGGUACACAGUGUAACUCUGGAUAUUUAUAGGUAACGGUACACAGUGUAACUCUGGAUAUUUAUAGGUAACGGUACACAGUGUAACUCUGGAUAUUUAUAGGUAAUGGUACACCGUGUAACUCUGGAUAUUUAUAGGUAACGGUACACAGUGUAACUCUGAUAUUUAUAGGUAAUGGUACACAGUGUAACUCUGGAUAUUUAUAGGUAACGGUACACAGUGUAACUCUGGAUAUUUAUAGGUAACGGUACACAGUGUAACUCUGGAUAUUUAUAGGUAACGGUACACAGUGUAACUCUGGAUAUUUAUAGGUAACGGUACACUCUGCAUAUUUAUAGGUAAUGGUACACCGUGUAACUCUGUAUAUUUAUAGGUAAUGGUACAAAGUGUAACUCUGGAUAUUUAUAGGUAAUGGUACACAGUGUAACUCUGGAUAUUUAUAGGUAACGGUACACAGUGUAACUCUGGAUAUUUAUAGGUAACGGUACACAGUGUAACUCUGGAUAUUUAUAGGUAACGGUACACAGUGUAACUCUGGAUAUUUAUAGGUAACGGUACACAGUGUAACUCUGGAUAUUUAUAGGUAACGGUACACAGUGUAACUCUGGAUAUUUAUAGGUAAUGGUACACAGUGUAACUCUGUAUAUUUAUAGGUAAUGGUACACAGUGUAACUCUGGAUAUUUAUAGGUAACGGUACACAGUGUAACUCUGGAUAUUUAUAGGUAAUGGUACACAGUGUAACUCUGGAUAUUUACAGGUAAUGGUACACAGUGUAACUCUGGAUAUUUAUAGGUAACGGUACACAGUGUAACUCUGGAUAUUUAUAGGUAACGGUACACAGUGUAACUCUGGAUAUUUAUAGGUAACGGUACACAGUGUAACUCUGGAUAUUUAUAGGUAACGGUACACAGUGUAACUCUGGAUAUUUAUAGGUAACUGUACACAGUGUAACUCUGGAUAUUUAUAGGUAACGGUACACAGUGUAACUCUGGAUAUUUAUAGGUAAUGGUACACAGUGUAACUCUGGAUAUUUAUAGGUAACGGUACACAGUGUAACUCUGGAUAUUUAUAGGUAACGGUACACAGUGUAACUCUGGAUAUUUAUAGGUAACUGUACACAGUGUAACUCUGGAUAUUUAUAGGUAACGGUACACAGUGUAACUCUGGAUAUUUAUAGGUAACUGUACACAGUGUAACUCUGGAUAUAUAUAGGUAACGGUACAGUGUUGCAGUGUGUUACGUUGGUGUUACGAUGAUGUUACAUUGGUGUUAGGUUGAUGUUACAUUGGUGUUGCAGUCGGUAUUACAUUGUUGUUACACUGUUGUUACGUUGGUGUUACGUUGGUGUUGCAGUGUGGGGUUAAGUUGAUGUUACAUUGGUGUUGCAGUGCGGUGUUACAUUGGUGUUACAGUGUGCUAUUACGUUGGUGUUACAUUGUUGUUACGUUGGUGUUACACUGUUGUUAAGUUGGUGUUACAGUGUGUUGUUACGUUGAUGUUACAUUGGUGUCACAGUGUGUUGUUAUGUUGGUGUUACACUGUUGUUACAUUGGUGUUACAUUGUUGUUACAUUGGUGUUACACUGUUAUUACAUUGGUGUUACAGUGUGUUGUUACGUUGAUGUUACAUUGUUGUUACAUUGGUGUCACAGUGUGUUGCUAUGUUGGUGCUACACUGUUGUUACAAUGUGGUUACACUGUUGUUAUAUUGUUGUUACAUUAAAUGUUACAGUUUGGUGUUACGUUGGAUGUUACACAUUGUUGUUACAUUGGUGUCACAGUGUGGUGUUACAUUGUUGUUAUGUUGGAUGUUACACAUUGUUGUUACAUUGGUGUCACAGUGUGGUGUUACAUUGUUGUUAUGUUGGAUGUUACACAUUGUUGUUACAUUGGUUGUUACAUUACUGAGCGCUCACCACUGAAUUCUUUGCUGUAGCGAUACAAGAUUUUGUGAAUACAGCACCACUGUAAUGUCUGCAAUAUCACUAUUAUGGUGCUCAUGCGAAUCAGAGCAAACACAGAAAUAAAAUGUCGCUCAUUAAUAAAUGCUUUGCUACAUGUCUUCCUCUCAGCAACAGACCCCGGAGCGGAGAAUGGGUUGGAGUGUUACAGCCGCUCCUCUCCAGACAGUGCGAGCAGCAUGAAGUGCAGAGGAGAGAUGACCCAGUGCGUGGAUCUGAUCGGUAUGUGAAGAGUUAAUAAAAACACCCCUUACUGCCCUGCUGAGUCUAGUCACUGACUGCCAGGUCUUGAGGUAUUAACAGAUACAAUAAAACAGGCUUAGCACACCCAGAAACUAAGGUGGACAUUUAUAAAAGUGUCACUAACAGGAAAUUGGGGCAGAGUUCUAGAACUUGAGCAAUCACCAUGGAAACGAAUGGUAUGUUUCUGCUGACAUCAUUAGUUUCCAUGGUGAUUGAUCCACAUUAAUAAAAUGCACCCAAAUGCAUAUCAGAGUAAUAAUAUAGAGCAGGUGGAUUACCCAUAUCAUGCAAUGUGACAUAAUGACACAUGGAUGUCCAAACUCUACGCAGUAACUACAAGUCACAUAACUCCACACCUCCCAGGUGUCCGUAUUUAGGAGUGGCAGUCCCUAUUUUGGACCAAAAUCCCUCUGUCACUCCUUUCUAUCCCUUUUUUCUAGGACCUCCACAUCGUUGGUAUGUCUGAGUGUAUAACAGAGCUCCACAGCAAUAAUACUCUCAAUAAUGUGUCUGAGUGUAUAACAGAGCUCCACAGCAAUAAUACCCCCAGUAAUGUGUCUGAGUGUAUACCAGAGCUCCACAGAAAUAAUAACCCCAGUAAAGUGUCUGAGUGUAUACCAGAGCUCCACAGCAAUAAUACCCCCAGUAAAGUGUCUGAGUGUAUAACAGAGCUCCACAGCAAUAAUACCCCCAGUAAUGUGUCUGAGUGUAUAACAGAGCUCCACAGCAAUAAUACCCCCAGUAAUGUGUCUGAGUGUAUAACAGAGCUCCACAGCAAUAAUACCCCCAGUAAUGUGUCUGAGUGUAUAAUAGAGCCCUACAGCAAUAAUACUCUCAAUAAUGUGUCUGAGUGUAUAACAGAGCUCCACAGCACUAAUACUCCCAGUAAUGUAUCUGAGUGUAUAACAGAUCUCCACAGCAAUAAUACUCCCAGUAAUGUGUCUGAGUGGAUAACAGAGCUCCAUAGCACUAAUACUCCCAGUAAUGUAUCUGAGUGUAUAACAGAGCUCCACAGCAAUAAUACUCCCAGUAAUGUGUCUGAGUGUAUAAGAGAGCUCCAUAGCAAUAAUACUCCCAGUAAAGUAUCUGAGUGUAUAACAGAGCUCCACAGCAAUAAUACUCCCAGUAAUGUGUCUGAGUGUAUAACAGAGCUCCACAGCAAUAAUACUCCCAGUAAUGUGUCUGAGUGUAUAACAGAGCCCCACAGCAAUUAUACUCCCAGUAAUGUGUCUGAGUGUAUAACAGAGCCCCGCAGCAAUAAUACUCCCAGUAAUGUGUCUGAGUGUAUAACAGAGCCCCGCAGCAAUAAUACUCCCAGUAAUGUGUCUGAGUGUAUAACAGAGCCCCACAGCAAUAAUACUCUCAAUAAUGUGUCUGAGUGUAUAACAGAGCUCCACAGCAAUAAUACUCCCAGUAAUGUGUCUGAGUGUAUAACAGAGCUCCACAGCAAUAAUACUCCCAGUAAUGUGUCUGAGUGUAUAACAGAGCUCCACAGCAAUAAUACUCCCAAUAAUGUGUCUGAGUGUAUAACAGAGCUCCACAGCAAUAAUACUCCCAGUAAUGUGUCUGAGUGUAUAACAGAGCUCCACAGCAAUAAUACUCCCAGUAAUGUGUCUGAGUGUAUAACAGAGCUCCACAGCAAUAAUACUCCCAGUAAUGUGUCUGAGUGUAUAACAGAGCUCCACAGCAAUAAUACUCCCAGCAAUGUGUCUGACUGUAUAACAGAGCUCCACAGCAAUAAUACUCCCAGUAAUGUGUCUGAGUGUAUAACAGAGCCCACAGCAAUAAUACUCCCAGUAAUGUGUCUGAGUGUAUAACAGAGCUCCACAGCAAUAAUACUCCCAGUAAUGUCUGAGUGUAUAACAGAGCUCCACAGCAAUAAUACUCCAGUAAUGUGUCUGAGUGUAUAACAGAGCCCCACAGUAAUAAUACUCCCAGUAAUGUGUCUGAGUGUAUAAUAGAGCCCCACAGCAAUAAUACUCCCAGUAAUGUGUCUGAGUGUAUAACAGAGCUCCACAGCAAUAAUACUCCCAGCAAUGUGUCUGAGUGUAUAACAGAGCUCCACAGCAAUAAGACUCCCAGUAAUGUGUCUGAGUGUAUAACAGAGCUCCACAGCAAUAAUACUCCCAGUAAUGUGUCUGAGUGUAUAACAGAGCUCCACAGUAAUAAUACUCCCAGUAAUGUAUCUGAGUGUAUAACAGAGCCCCCACAGCAAUAAUACUCCCAGUAAUGUGUCUGAGUGUAUAACAGAGCUCCACGGCAAUAAUACUCCCAGUAAUGUGUCUGAGUGUAUAACAGAGCUCCACAGUAAUAAUACUCCCAGUAAUGUGUCUGAGUGUAUAACAGAGCUCCACAGCAAUAAUACUCCCAGUAAUGUGUCCGAGUGUAUAACAGAGCUCCACAGCAAUAAUACUCCCAGUAAUGUGUCUGAGUGUAUAACAGAGCUCCACAGCAAUAAUACUCCCAGUAAUGUGUCUGAGUGUAUAACAGAGCUCCACAGCAAUAAUACUCCCAGUAAUGUGUCUGAGUGUAUAACAGAGCUCCACAGCACUAAUACUCCCAGUAAUGUGUCUGAGUGUAUAACAGAGCUCCACAGCAAUAAUACUCCCAGUAAUGUGUCUGACUGUAUAACAGAGCUCCACAGCAAUAAUACUCCCAGUAAUGUGUCUGAGUGUAUAACAGAGCUCCACAGCAAUAAUACUCCCAGUAAUGUGUCUGAGUGUAUAACAGAGCUCCACAGCAAUAAUACUCCCAGUAAUGUGUCUGAGUGUAUAACAGAGCUCCACAGCAAUAAUACUCCCAGUAAUGUGUCUGAGUGUAUAACAGAGCCCCACAGUAAUAAUACUCCCAGUAAUGUGUCUGAGUGUAUAACAGAGCCCUGCAGCGAUAAUACUCCCAGUAAUGUAUCUGAGUGUAUAACAGAGCCCCGCAGCAAUAAUACUCCCAGCAAUGUGUCUGACUGUAUAACAGAGCUCCACAGCAAUAAUACUCCCAGUAAUGUAUCUGAGUGUAUGACAGAGCCGCGCAGCAAUAAUACCCCCAGUAAUGUGUCUGAGUGUAUAACAGAGCUCCACAGCAAUAAUACUCCCAGUAAUGUAUCUGAGUGUAUAACAGAGCCCCGCAGCAAUAAUACCCCCAGUAAUGUGUCUGAGUGUAUAACAGAGCCCCACAGCAAUAAUACUCCCAGUAAUAUGUCUGAGUGUAUAACAGAGCUCCACAGCAAUAAUACUCACAGUAAUGUGUCUGAGUGUAUAACAGAGCUCCUCAGCAAUAAUACUCCCAGUAAUGUGUCUGAGUGUAUAACAGAGCUCCACAGCGAUAAUACUCCCAGUAAUGUGUCUGAGUGUAUAACAGAGCUCCACAGCAAUAAUACUCCCAGUAAUGUGUCUGAGUGUAUAACAGAGCUCCACAGCAAUAAUACUCCCAGUAAUAUGUCUGAGUGUAUAACAGAGCUCCACAGCAAUAAUACUCCCAGUAAUGUGUCUGAGUGUAUAACAGAGCUCCACAGCAAUAAUACUCCCAGUAAUGUGUCUGAGUGUAUAACAGAGCUCCACAACAAUAAUACUCCCAGUAAUGUGUCUGAGUGUAUAACAGAGCUCCACAGCAAUAAUACUCCCAGUAAUGUGUCUGAGUGUAUAACAGAGCUCCACAGCAAUAAUACUCCCAGUAAUGUGUCUGAGUGUAUAACAGAGCUCCACAGCAAUAAUACUCCCAGUAAUGUGUCUGAGUGUAUAACAGAGCUCCACAGCAAUAAUACUCCCAGUAAUGUGUCUGAGUGUAUAACAGAGCUCCACAGCAAUAAUACUCCCAGUAAUGUGUCUGAGUGUAUAACAGAGCUCCACAGCAAUAAUACUCCCAGUAAUGUGUCUGAGUGUAUAACAGAGCUCCACAGCAAUAAUACUCCCAGUAAUGUGUCUGAGUGUAUAACAGAGCUCCACAGCAAUAAUACUCCCAGUAAUGUGUCUGAGUGUAUAACAGAGCUCCACAGCAAUAAUACUCCCAGUAAUGUGUCUGAGUGUAUAACAGAGCUCCACAGCAAUAAUACUCCCAGUAAUGUGUCUGAGUGUAUAACAGAGCUCCACAGCAAUAAUACUCCCAGUAAUAUGUCUGAGUGUAUAACAGAGCUCCACAGCAAUAAUACUCCCAGUAAUGUGUCUGAGUGUAUAACAGAGCUCCACAGCAAUAAUACUCCCAGUAAUGUGUCUGAGUGUAUAACAGAGCUCCACAACAAUAAUACUCCCAGUAAUGUGUCUGAGUGUAUAACAGAGCCCCGCAGCGAUAAUACUCCCAGUAAUGUGUCUGAGUGUAUAACAGAGCCCUGCAGCGAUAAUACUCCCAGUAAUGUGUCUGAGUGUAUAACAGAGCUCCACAGUAAUAAUACUCCCAGUAAUGUGUCUGAGUGUAUAACAGAGCCCCGCAGCAAUAAUACUCCCAGUAAUGUGUCUGAGUGUAUAACAGAGCUCCUCAGCAAUAAUACUCCCAGUAAUGUGUCUGAGUGUAUAACAGAGCCCCGCAGCGAUAAUACUCCCAGUAAUGUGUCUUUAAACUAGAAUGCACGUGUUUAGAAACCAGUCUGUGUAAAUAUGAUACAUUGUUCUUGUUCUAAAGUACAUUUUAAUUGCAUAACAUUUUAUUAUUAGGUCAUCAAAAACCUCUCAGAACAGCCUCACCCUGAUCACACCCCCAGUCACAACCCUAAAAUGAAAUGAUUCCACUCUGUUUGAUAUGUUCGUAGGUGGGCAGCCCAGACCAACUGAUGUGGGAGAGCCCCCUGGAAGUCUCUUUAUCAUUCACCCUUUAUGUAUGAUCAAGCUAAACCAUAAUGGUGGCAGCAAUGCAUAGCAGUGCAGUGUAUAUUGCAGAUAGACGUGUGUGAUUAUAAUGGAAUGCUCCACUAUAUACUAUAACAGACUGUAAGCUCGUUAGACUAACCAUUGAGAUCUAGAAAGAGAUUCAAAUUAUGAUCACAGUUCAGCUCAUCAUUUCUGCUCUAAAGUGCAAGUAGUUCACCUAGGUUAACAGAUCCAUCAUUACUUGUUUGUUUCUCCCACUUCUCCCUAUUUAUUAAUGUUAGUGGCGAAAACAGGCAUUGUUUUAACAUAGGUCUCUUGGAGAAGUGCUCCACUUUCCACUUAGAACUGUUGGAUCUCAAGGUGUUGCCGAACUGUCUGAUUUACCCUUCUUCUCUCCAGGUGACUCGAACGACAAUGUUGUGAUGAGUGGAUGUGCGACAGAGACAUUCUGCCAAGGCUUGUACCCAAGAUUUAAGAUUCCAGGAUGGUCACGGACAGUGUGCUGUGCCAAAUCACUGUGUAACCAUGGCAAUAACACAGCUCACCACAUAUAAUUGACACAGAACUUGAUCAGGUAGUGGCACAACUGUGUUGCGGUUGGACCUGACAUUCUCAGACAAAUGUUCCUAAGAUGUGGAAGCACUUAAAAGAAAAUACUUAUUUUUAUUCUUGCAUUUUUAUUUUUUAUUUCUAUGGUUUUUUUUUUCUCUCAAAAUUUCCAAAAAACGUGCAAUUCAUAUUGAAAGAUUCUGGGCAAAAUGUAAAUAAAAAUACAAUUUCUAACAC